AUGCUGUUGGUCUGUCCUUCUUGUCAUCAAGCUCUUUUUCUACUCUUUAAGCAUGUGCACGACCCCAGCUACGAGAUACCGCCCGGCCUGGCCACGUGCUUCUCCACCAUUUUGGGCUGCUCAUUUCUACGACCCAGUCUGCGUGUCUGUCAGUCGGUUUGUUGGACGGCCAACUGUUUGGCUGCUGUUCCCAUUCCGUAUGACCAUCUCCACGCUUGUUUUGAGAACUUACGGAAGAAGCCAUUGCACAACUGUUUCCUCCAUUUUGGCACAAAUCAACUCGGCCUCCAGCUUGAGCACAUCCUCCAGACGGGAUGCGUCUACUUUCCCUUCAAAAGCUCUCGCUUCACUUCAGGCUUUUCUACUCAUUAUGCAACUGUCAAGAUGGCCUUCCAACCACUCGCCAUUUUUCUGAGGCGUCUCAGCGUCUCCUUGCUCCUGCCCUUCUGGACGCAUCACUACAGGCCGGUGUAUGUGCAAUUGUGA